CUAGACCUCACAGGCCGGAAAUGGUGCCCAGUUAAACAUCCUACAUUCCUUUCCAGGUGUCAAUCAUAUUUCUGUGCGAUGUCCUUGCAGAAUGUUAAUGUUUUACGAUGGGCCUGACGAUUUGUUGGACUAUUUCUGCAUUUAUCGGUCUAUGAAAGCUCGUCGGCUCGAACAAUGCCGUGUUUCAAAGCCGAAGAUUGUCCUAAAAAAGAAAAACAAUGAGGCCUUUUCCAGAAGAUGAGGAAGAAGUGUCAGGCUGAGAGCAGGUAUGUCCUCGCAACUCCAAGCGUUUUCCUCCCCCUCCGUGUCCUCCAGUGGCCUCUCCCGCUCUAAGAAACUAAAGGUGGAAAACCCUGUGUGGAAUGUAAGCAGCCUAUCAGACGAGAGCACCUGCUACCAGCAGAGCCCGAGUCAGACUAAUGGCUCCUCCCCCUCUACGUCCCUCUUCAACUACUCCUCCGGCCUGGUCGUACCACGGGAGCAGACGGUGGUACGUGCCGCCGACAGCACAGGUAGCGUUCCCGAGCCCUCGUCGUCCUCUUCUUUGUCGUCCCUAUCAAGUCGGCACGGAAAAGACGCCUCCCUGGCCUCUGAGGGUUACAGGAAACGGGGCAGUCUGAAGAGGAAGAGCGAGGAGGUGGACAGCAGCGACAGCGUGCAGAUCUUAGAGGAGCUCUCGGCUCCUGUGCUCCCCAACCGUGUUCCCAGAGGCAACGCUACGGCUCAGUCCAUCGCUCAUUCUGCGUCUACCACCAAGAGCAGCAACUCUCACAGUGAAGGUGACUAUCAGCUGGUUCAACACGAGAUCCUUUGCUCUGUGUCCAACAGCUACGAGGUUCUCGAGUUCCUCGGACGUGGGACGUUCGGACAGGUCGCCAAAUGCUGGAAACGUGGGACUAAUGAAAUAGUGGCCAUUAAGAUUCUCAAGAACCAUCCGUCGUACGCCCGCCAGGGUCAGAUAGAGGUGAGCAUCUUGAGCCGUCUGAGCACAGAGAACGCAGAUGACUUCAACUUCGUGCGCUCCUACGAGUGCUUCCAGCACAAGAACCACACCUGCCUCGUGUUCGAGAUGUUGGAACAGAACCUCUAUGACUUCCUCAAGCACAGCAAGUUCAGUCCACUGCUUCUGAAGUGCAUCCGGCCGGUCCUGCAGCAGGUGGCCACGGCUCUGAUGAAGCUGAAGAGUUUGGGUCUCAUUCAUGCCGAUCUGAAGCCUGAGAACAUCAUGCUGGUGGACCCCGUCAGACAACCAUACAGAGUCAAAGUCAUUGACUUCGGUUCCGCCAGCCACGUGUCUAAAGCCUUGUGCUCGACCUACCUGCAGUCUAGAUACUACAGAGCUCCAGAGAUUAUUCUCGGCCUGCCGUUCUGUGAGGCCAUUGACAUGUGGUCACUGGGUUGUGUCAUAGCGGAGCUGUUUCUGGGCUGGCCUUUAUAUCCUGGAGCUUCAGAGUACGAUCAGAUUCGGUACAUUUCUCAGACUCAAGGAUUGCCAGCCGAGUAUCUCCUGAGCGCGGGCACUAAAACCAGCCGAUUCUUCAACAGAGGUCCAGACUCCAGCUAUCCUCUCUGGAGACUCAAGACUCCUGCUGAGCAUGAAGCAGAGUAUGGCAUCAAGUCCAAAGAGGCUCGCAAAUACAUCUUUAACUGCCUCGAUGACAUGAUGCAGGUCAAUAUGACUAAUUUGGAAGGCACAGACGUCUUGGCAGAGAAGGCUGAUAGGAGAGAGUUCAUUGACCUGCUGAAGAAGAUGCUAACGCUAGACGCAGACAAGAGGAUCACGCCCACCAGGACCCUCAACCACCCGUUUGUGACGAUGGCUCACCUUCUUCACUUCCCGCACAGCUCACAUGUGAAAUCCUGCUUCCAGAACAUGGAGAUCUGUAAGCGCCGGUGUACAGUCUUCGACAACAACAAGAGCCUGUUCGCCAGCCAUAACGGCCCCGGCACGGCCACCAACCUCACAGUCACCUUCAGCAGUCAGCUAAAUCAGCACAAUCAGAUGGCCUCCACGGGGGGUCAGUCCUUGUCUCUGAGCAGCAACGUUCCUUUAUUGAACUACCAGCCUGGUCUGUACCAGCAGGCCACUAUAAAUAUACCAGGCCUGGCCCAGCAGAGCAUCCCAUUACAAGCUCGCCCCACUCAACUGUGUGCCCAGUCUGAGCCCUUCCAGCAAACCCUGAUUGUGUGCCCUCCUACCAUACAGGGACUGCAGACUUCCAAUAAACAAGCUGGCUAUCCGGUGAGAAUGGACAACACUGUUCCCAUAGUCCCUCAGAAUCAGCCCACACAACCCCUGCACAUUCAGCCCAGCAUGCUGACACAGCAAGGCUGGCCAGCGGGCACACAGCAGAUCCUCAUUCCCUCCUCAUGGCAGCAGAUGUCGGGCAUGGCCAUGCACAACCCCAGCCACCCUGUGCUGUCCAACUCCCCGCUGGUCUCAGACAACAACACCCAACAGAACACCAGCUGGAGGGGUCGACAUGGAGGUCAGUGUGAUGGGCGGCAGCAGCAGGGUCGUAACGCGGGCGCACAGGUCUCGCUCACGGGAGCGGCCAACAGUCGCACGCAGCAGAAUGACGUCAAGAAGUCGAAGGGUCGCCGUGCCGAGAGCAGAGCCAGGCCCGUGUCCUCUCUGCAGUCGGCCCCUUCAGCAUCACACAACUGCGGUGAUGCGUCCCAGCCAAUCAUUAUCUCAGACACGCCCAGCCCUGCUGUCAGCAUCAUCACCAUCCACAGUGACACAGAGGAUGAGGACGACAGAAAGUGUCCACCGGAAAGCGGCAGCUGCAGCGCGAACCAGCGAACCAACGUCAUCAGCUGUGUGACGGUCCAUGACUCCCAAGAUUCAGACUCCUCCACCAGCACUCCCCUGAGCCCCAGACACCUCCCAAACUUUAAAGAGAACAACUCGCGCUCCUCCAGAUCUCUGGCUGUGGUCAUGCCGUCAGUGAAAACGCAGCUCUGGGAUGAACCUUCGAAAGAACAAAGCCGUAAUAGUUCUGGAAAGUCAAAGAAAGGUGCAAGCUCACGAUCCAGUGGCAACCGGCAUCAAAGGGGUGCGUCCAACAAAUCUCAGCCUCUUAACCUGAGCCAGGCACAGCAGUUAAUGAUGUCAUCUCACGACCGUGCAGGGGGUGGAUCCUUAAGACGCCAGCCCACCUACCCUCCAACCGGCCCCUCCCACUCCUACAGGCUACAUGAGGCGUCGCUCUUUGGUUCCGCCUCCAGCCUGUACGCAUACCCUGCCUCUGCCGCUCUGGCCUCCGUGUCACAAGCAGUGGACCAGCUGCACAAUUCGGCCAGUUCCUCUUCCUCCAGCCGCCACGCACGCACCGCCGGGCCGUACUCCGCCUCUCUGAGUCUUCUGCAGAAGAACAGUGUGAUGGGCGUCAUGUGCCCGACCUCGGCUGCGUACCAGCAGCAGCAGCUGUCUGCGCAGUCGUACCAGCGUUCUGCAGCUUAUCCCCUGAGUCAGAGAAAACUCAAUCAGUUCCCUUACCUGUGAGGACCCGUCUGACACUCUGACAUGUGUGGUUUGAAAUGGAGAUGUCGUUGGAGGUGUCUAGUUUCAUUUCUUCAUGUAUAUUUUAUAACAGCCUUUUAUUCAUUUUAAUUAUUUUCCUUAAGGCAUUUCAAAGGUGCGUAGCACAUUAAAUAGUCUUUACCUAUUAUGCUUGCAUACUGUAUAAGAUGCUUAAAUGUCCACAUUUCCCAAAAAAUGCUUUUGUUGAGAAUUACAUCAUACACAUCUAACUUGAUCAUGAAAAUUAAUGAUCCCGGUAAACAACUUUUCUUGACCGAAGUUUCUUACAGAAAAUUAGCAUACUGUGCACAGUAUAUAUAAUUUAUUAUAUACUGCAGAAAUAGUAAGGUUAGCAUCGUGGUGAAUUUAGUAUAUUUGUAGCAGUAUGCAUUAAAAAACACUAUUGGAUAUCUACAAAACUGAUCAGUCAGUUUAGGAGAAUCCAGAAACAUGUGCCCUCAAUGGUCAGCUAUACAUAAAUGGAUGUAAACAGUCUAAAAAAUCUUUUUAAAAAGGCUACACAUUUAAAAUAAGUGUUAUGUGUUUAUGUUAGCUGUCUUUGGUACGUAUGUGAGUCAGUGAGUAAUGACUGCCAAUAUCUCUCCUUUAGCAGCUAAACUGGUAUUUAUAAACUCGAUUAAAAAAAUGUGUUGCAAUGAUACAUAAAUGCUGUCAUUCUAAGAAAGUUAGAACUGAACAGGCCAAACUGUGCAGGACGUGAUCAUUUUAUACCGUUUCGUUCCUGCAAAGAAAUUCCUAGUAUUAUGAUGAUGUUUAUCAUUAGAAUUCAGACAAACAGCUUUUCUAGAAUAGGUCUAAUCUAAGCACUUAUCUCUUAUUAAGGAGCGAUUCACAUUUCGCGUCUAAAACCGCGUGGAAAACGCGAGCCGCGCCACUUUCUCUAGUCAAAUGACCCACGGUGUGCGCUGCACUCUGAAAAAUGGAACUAUUGCCUAGAAAAUGCGCCUGCCGCGUGUCUACAUUUAAAACGAACUUGCGCGCGCAAAAGACGCGAAAUUUGAAUCGCCCCUUACUCGUUCAUUAAAUUACGUUUAGACAAUUAAUUCAAAAUAGAUGUUCAUCUUUUGGUGUACAGUUGAUAUAAUUAGUUUAUUUAUAAAUUAUCAUGUUUAAAUGUUAACAUUGCGCUUUGCUUUAUUUAUUUAAUGUGUGGACUAAAAUGUUUGUUUGUAUGUGUUUUUAUAAGGGCUGUCAAACGAAUAAUCACGAUUAAUCAACAUCCAGAAUAAAAGUUUGUGUUUACAUAAUAAGUCUGUGUACUAUGCAUGUUAAUUUUGUAUUUAUAAACACAUAGACAUGCAUGUAUACAUAUUUAGGAAAUAUUUACAUGCGUUUGUUUAUAUAUGUAUAUGUUUAUUAAUUCUUAUAUUUUUCUUAAAUAUAUGUAUGUAUGUGUAUGUUUUUAUAAAUACAAAAAUUAAUAUGCACAGGAAACAGACUUGUAUUAUGUAAACACACAAUUUGAAUCUAGAUGCGAUAAAUCGUUUGACAGCCCUAGUUUUUAUGUAACAAAUAAUGAUUUCCUUUCAAUUCUUUUUAUUAGUUUAUAUACAUUGUAUAAUUUGUACUAAAUUGAUUUAGAUUGUACACGCGUAUGUUUAUAUAUUGUUUUUAUUUCAUGCUUUUUUGUAUGCUUUUUUCAAUCCAUAACUCAAGAAGCUGAACUAAAGAAAUUCGUCAGUGUGUAUUAUGGCGCUUGUCAUGUAUUGUUACGUUACAUCAUUAUAGCACAACGUAUCGCAAUGUCUUAACACCACGUCCUAACCAAGUACGACACAAAAUUAUACUUGACACUUUCCGUGUCAACUCAAAAACUCAUGCAAAGAGCAAGUUUUAACUGCUGAUGUCGCAUCUGGUUUUAGACAUGGCCUUGUGUGGGAACCAGUGUUGGGUGUAACUAGUUACUAAGUAAUUAAUUACUGUAAUUUAAUUACUUUUCCCUUGAAAGGGUGAAGUAAGGGAUUACUUUUAUUUUUUCUGUAAUUUAAGUAGUUUCUUUUGAUGUAAUUAAACUAAAUACUUUGUGUAAUAUAUGUGUGUGCAAUAGUGGAAUUGACAUCAAAAUUCAAAGUUGAACUUUAAAUCUGCUUUAAUGUAUAAUUCUCACAUUUGUAAUACUUUGGUCAGUUAAUAAUACUACUUUAUGUAGUUUAAUGUUAUUUAUUUAAAUGAAUUAAAAGAGCCCUUUCAUGCCUAUCAUUGAAUCACUUAACUAAUCAAGGUUUAGGAUAUAGAAAGUAAUUAGUAAUAAGUAACUAAAUACUUUUUGGAGAGUAAUUUGUACAGUAAUCUAAUUACACUAUUGAAUAGUAAUUAGUAAUUAAUUACUUUUUGAGGGUAACUUACCCAACACUGGUGGGAACCUACCUAAAAUACAAGCGAGACUUAAACGGAUGGUUAACAUGUUAGCUGUUCAUCUUGGUUGAUCUUGUACCUUUCAUAGAGCACUUUAUGUGUCGUUCUGAACUUGUUGGAUGUUUUUUCUUGUGAAUUUGCCGGGGUUUUGCUGAAGUCUUGGCUUUGGUGCAGUGAUGGCUGUUUAUACUGUUUGAUCCCAAUGUGAAGUGGAGUGCGGAAUAGACUUCAUCACAAUAAACUUCAAUCCACAACACACCGUGUGUGUGCGCUUGAUAAAUUUUAGAGCUCAACAGCCAGUCUGGGUGAUGAAUGGACCGUUCCCUCUGCUUACUACACUCAUAUCUGUAUGUUUAUUUUUAUAACCUCUCUAAGGGAUUGUAUUUUGGUGAUAAUCUAUUGUCCCAGACAUUUUUGGGAGCAGCUUGUUUUUUUCUAUAAGGAAUGGUGCCGUUACAGACAGGCGGAGAAUGAAUCGGCCUUGUGUCUGUAGAAUGCCGUUCUCGUUGCUUUAGAGUGCAAACCCCUGUUCCCAAAAAAAUAAGCAUAAGGCAUAAACAUGGCAUGCCAAUUUUACUGUGCAUAUAAACAAUUUUUAGAGCUUAACUAUGUUUUCAUUAAAGUAAUGUGGAGUUGAACAUUUUUGGUAACACUUUACAAUUAGGUUUCAUUUGUUAAAGAGAUCACCCAAAAAUAAAACAUCACCAUUUAUUUACCCGGAAUGACUUUAUUUCUUCUACAGAACACAAAAGAUAUAUAAAGAACGCUGGUAACCAAAUAACAUUGACUACCAUUGACUUCCAUUAUAUAAACAACUGAGACAUUUCUCAAAAUAUCUUCUUUUGUGUUUGACAGAAGAAACAGUCAAACAGGUUUUGAACCACGAGGUUGAAUAAAUGAUGAUGAAUAAAUGUU